CAUGUCCCAAGCUGGAAGGGGGUGGGUGUUUCUGAUGCAAUUCCCAUUUGUUUGGUUGAGCUCAUAGCAUAGCGAUAUCCGCUUCAGAACAGCAGUCCGUUAGCUGAUGAUCGUUGCAAACAGCUUUCGAAGGUUUAACUGUCAGCAAAGCAAUUCAGCCCCACAGAAGUUGCGUCCAUUUGUUUCCCACAAUGAAUGACAACAGCAAACUGGAGACUGAAGAGCUGCUCACUUGUCUUCAUAUCCAUCUCUUCCACCCUAACCAAGCCAUUUGUCCGCUCUUUCACACCCUGCCCCUAAAUCAGCCAUACAAAAUGAACGCUGAAGAUCCAGUAAGGCUUGGCCGUGAUGGGCAGACCUGCGUCUUUGUCCUAAAUGACACCUCUGUCUCCAGAAAACAGCUAACCAUACAGGCGUUUAGGAAAGCUGGCAGCCAGCUCUUGAGCUUCAUGAUCCAGAACAUCAGCCAGAAGGUCAAACUCAUGGUCGGUGGGUCUGAACUGAGAUACCUAGAAAGAGCUGAGCUUGAUGACAAGGUGCUCUGCCGCUUUGGGAGAUAUGAACUGCUGAUCUGGCAGGAACCAGGAGAGUCAGAGAAUAAAUUUGAGGUCCUGUUUGAGGUAUGCAAUAAACCCCCUUCACAGGAAAUGGGCAUAGAUGUGCCAUGCAAACCAGCUGUUAUGGAUACCGGCGUGCCAUGGAGAAGCUUUGAGAAUGAAGCGCCUGUAAGCCAAGAGCCACUGGAGUCAGAUGAGACAGCUGUUUUUGUAUAAAUACUUUUUGGCCAUUGCUCUGCAAGGCAGCAGUCAUUGACCAUUCAGAAUAUGCAUAUUGUUAUUUUCAUUGAUACUGUGAUAUUAAAACUGUAUACUGAUACUUAAUCUAUUAUGAACAUCUCGGAAGUAACAGAUGGAGAUCUAAAACCAAGUGACCUUAUGAACGUUGUUAUGAUUUCUUCUGGAAUGCCACUAAACCAGUUUUCUUGCCUGCUGUGUCUUUGUGUUCGUUCUCUUGUACAGAUAUUUUAUCAUGUACUUUGCAGAGUUAUUGGAAUUACUGUCACGCAUUUGUUCAAAAGGUCCUGUGUUUUCUUUUCAUUAUUGUAUGUGUUCAUUGCAUAAGUGCUUUUGGACAGUGUUUUUAUAUAUAAUAUUUUGUAUUGCAUUGUUUUGUAUUGACUGUCACUUGUUAAAUUGUGAAUCAUAAGCUUUGGAAAAAUUUGAAAUUACCAUGAUUGAAGGGUUAUUAAUAUACUAGUUUUGUGAUAUCUUAAUUAAAUGAAAUAAACUUUUUUAUAAUAAACAUAUUUAUCAUA